CGCAGCCCGACCGUGACCGCCUGCCGCUGGAGCUUCCGCCUGCGGCCGUAAAACAAAAAAGUACCCCCACCAGCCGUAGCCUUUGGCUCAAGCUCGGCUCAAACCGUUGCCGUUCAGGGCCUGCACAGGAGUAGGAGGAGGCGGCGCGCAAGGAUGCCAGGCCACCACCCCGUGCAGACCUCGUGGUCAGGGUGGUACGAGGACGAGCGCGUUGGCACAAGGGACAACAUGAGCUUCGACACCCUGAUCAUCAACAACCGCAAGGUGCAGGGCCACGGUGAGGACGCCGUCGGCAAGUUCUCCCUGGAGGGGAAAGCCGAAGGAGGGUCCAUGGAGUUUGACAAAACGUACGAGGGAGCCCACACGGUUGUCUAUCGUGGCCGACUGCGCGACCUCCCCGAGGGUGGCCAGAUAAUUGAGGGGGAGUGGCAUCUUCAGUCAGCCCCAGAAGUGAGAGGCAUCUUCGAAUUGUCCAGAAGCCUGGAGAUGGAGAGGAAGCGAGAGGCGGCCUUCCAGAUGGUGGUGGCCAGGAUGAAGAUGAUUGUCGGGUUUAUCCGUUUCUUCCUCGAAGACGUCGGCUUCUCGUGCGUCCAACUCUUGUACCUUUUCUGGCACGAGGAGAGCAUGAGCCCAAGCACCCGGAACUUCACAAUCCUCUCGCUGGCCGCCGGACUUUUCCUGUCCAUUGCCGGCCCCAUCAGCGAGGCUCUCAAGAGCAGGCGCCUGAUGAGGGCCGGUGGUGAGUUGGCCAGCCCGGGGCCGCCACCGUCCGUGGACGGCGGAAACCCCACGCGGGCCGCCGGCAACGCGUACAAGCACGAGAGGCUCGCCGAUGAGGAGACGCCCCUGGAGGAAGAGGGCGGGGCGGAGGGGCGCAAGCCGCUCUCCGGCGCGUACCGCGAGCGCCUGGAGAAGGUGGAGGCGAUCCAGCAAGGCGAGCUCCUGACCGGCAACCUGGACUACAUUGAUCUCCUGAUGGAGCGGCCCGACCGCCCAGCGGAGGUGCCGGACAUCGCCAUCACCGACAUCAUCGUCACCAGCAGGGGCGUGCACGCGGUCCUGCUCGGCUCCGUGGUGAUGCACUGGCUGUUCGUCGCCUCCGUGCCCUUCGUCUUCAGCCCAAGCUGCCACGCGGGCGCGCCCGCCAAAGCCCAUUUGGGCUUCAUGUGCAUCGCCUUCCUCUGCCUCUUCACGCAGAUCUGGGUGGCCGCCUUCACCAAGUACGGAUACCUCAUGCUGAUCCACGCGCCGCAGCAGUUUGGCUUCAGCCUGCUCCUCUCCUUUCUGGGCAACUUCGACGCGUACAGCGACAUCAUCUUCGUCGCGAUGGCGCGGGACUGCGGCAGCAAGCUGUGGAUGCCCGCGGCCGCCAUCUACGUGGUCGGGGUCGUCUGCGCCCAGGCCCUGCCGGGCAUAGCGCUGCUUGCCGCGAAGCACAACAUCCCGGCGGCGCUAAAGCUCACGGAGCUGAACGUGUUGUUGGUUCUGCUGAAGCCAUCUGUGGGCUAGGGCUCGCCGAAGGCGUGUCUACCCAUGCCCGCACAGACCUGCCUUAAGGGAGCACGCGUGCGAUGAUGCGCCUUCCGAAGUCGGACUGUUGUCAGUGCCGCGCAAUUCUCUCGUGGCAAUUGGCCCACAGGGCGCGUCGUCAAAGGUGUGCUCCCCAUAGUUUUUGCUGUUCCCGCUCUGAACAUGCGCUCUGCUAGUGUGUGUCUGGCUUAGCUGCACGUAAGACUGUAUGUCCGUGCGCGUCUGCAUGCACACCCAGGCGGCGUGGAUGCUGAGGCGUCAGCGUCUCUACAGGCCUCAUAGGGAACGACCUGAAUGCCGCAGACACUCUCGAGGGCUUCUUGUCUUCUGGUGGGGUGGGCUU